AUGUCUCGACGUGCCACUCCGGGCCAAGCAGCCCAGAACCAGCAGACCAUAAAAAGUCUUCUGAAACUCGAGCCUAACAAGAUAUGUGCCGACUGCAAGCGCAACAAGCAUCCGCGAUGGGCUUCCUGGAAUCUGGGUAUAUUCAUCUGCAUUCGCUGUUCGGGCAUCCAUAGGGGGAUGGGCACCCACAUCAGUCGGGUUAAGUCCGUGGAUCUCGACGCCUGGACCGACGAACAACUUCAGAGUGUGUUGAAAUGGGGCAAUGCAAGAGCCAAUAAGUACUGGGAAGCCAAGUUGGCCGCGGGCCAUAUUCCGUCGGAAGCCAAAAUUGAGAACUUUAUUCGGACCAAGUACGAUACCAAGCGAUGGGUCAUGGAUGGCGGAAUGCCCGACCCCUCCACUUUGGAUGACGGCGACGACGAUGUGCCUCUUGCGGUUGUACAGGAAAAGGCAAAGAUUGAACGCUCUGCUUCGCAAAGAGUUGCCCCCAGCCAGCCGCCGCCCCGCCAACAGCAGCCCUCGAUUGAUUUGUUUGGUGACGAUAUCAUCUCUCCCCCAUCGCGUCCUAGCACGACCGACCUGGCCCCUCACCCGCCACCGAAACAGGCACAGCCCGCGCAACCUGCGCAGCCGAAACCCCAGAAGCCGGGCGACUCAUUGUUGGGACUUGACUUCUUCGGCAGUACCCAAACAUCCACUGGUAGUCGCCCAAGCAGCACGGUCUCCACGCCCGCUGCGCCUACGGGCAUAUCUCGGCCGGAUCUCAAGCAGUCGAUUCUGUCUCUGUAUUCCAAGCCGCAGCCCGCUCCCGCUCAGCAUGAGCGCACAAGCUCAUUUGGUGAUAUGGCUGCGCCCGCGCCCCCGUCCGCAUCCUCAAACAUGAGUGGUCUGACGGACGCCUUCAGUGGACUGAGUUUCCCUUCCACGGCCACCUCUCCUCCGCCCCCUAAACCAGCGGAAAAGCCAUCCCCCUUUGCAAACCUUACCAGUUUCGCCACUACCAAGUCGACUCCUGCCGCCCCGAAAGUCACCUCUCCAGCUGGAUCCGCCAGCGGCGCUAGCGGGGAUCUUUUCGAUAGUCUGACCUCCCCUACUCUGUCUGCGCCCAAGCCUCAAUCUCGAACCACGUCCGUCUCAUCGAAUGGACAAGACUUUGGAUUCGGGGGGUUCACGUCCCCGACUGCUAAACCCAACCCUCCGUCAUCAUCAUUGUCUAACGACCUUUUCGGACUUUCUUCGCCACCUCCGGCGCAGGGUCCAGCCCCGGCUCCGCCCAAGCCUAGCGCAUUUUCACCCCAGCACGAGUUGAAUUCUGCCUUCAACAUCUCCAGCCCUCCCCCUCAGCCUCCAGCGCCCUCCAAGCCUGCAGCCCCAGCCGCAAACGCUGCCACUGCUGGUAUGCUCUCAGCCAGCCUCGACCCUUGGGGCGGCAAUGCAUGGAGCACCCCCGACCCAACACCAGCGCCAGCUCCGGCUGCCCCUUCGCCAGCAUCGAUGAUGAAGGUCCCGGACACGUUAACCCCCAACGACAUUGGAAGUGGCUGGGGUGCACCCAGCGCAGCUCCCAAGCCCGAGCCCACCGUUGCGGCCGACGAGGACUUCGGUGGCUGGACCAGCGCCGCUCCAGUCACUUCUACCACCACUACUACCAACUCCAAGCCGGCCGGCGGGUUUGGGGCUGACGACCUUUUCUCUAACGUCUGGGAGUAA